UGAGGGGGGCGGGGGGGGGGGACGGGACUUGAGUCACUUCUCUUCUCAUUAUGUGUGCACUUUUACUCCAGUAUCGCACAGGAGUGCUUUAUUUUUAGUCUUUUGAAUGUUGGCAAUUCAUAAACUAAUUAACUGAUUGAUUUGAUUGAUCGAUCAAUCAUUUGGGCAACGGAUUUCCAAGCGGUGAGAACGGAACAAUAUGUAACCGUCGCUUGUUCGUGUGAUCUUUGACAGCCGCUGAAGACAUUGGAAGUUCCGCGGGUAGAAAUUGUUCUUGCGCGGCGGCACUCCUGGGAAUCCUCUGAAGUCCAUCCGGUGUGCCGAACUAAAUUUUUAUAGAAUGAGACUGAAGACAUCGCUCUUGAAGGAACCGAAGCAUAAAGAUUUGGUCAGUUGUGUAGGUUGGACAACAGCAGAUGAGUUGUAUUCAUCCAGUGAUGAUCAUCAAAUCCUGAAGUGGAAUCUAUUAACCAGUGAAACAUCACAGGUAGUAAAGCUAGCAGAGGAAAUCUAUCCCAUUGAUCUGCAUUGGUUCCCUAAAACUACAGGUGGCAAGAAGCAAAUACAAGCAGAAAUAUGUGUGCUCACCAGUACAGAUGGCAAAUUUCAUUUAGUUUCGAAAACUGGACGAGUCGAGAAAAGUGUUGAGGCACAUCGUGGAGCUGUGUUGGCUGGAAGAUGGAAUUGUGAGGGAACUGCACUAGUUACAGUUGGAGAAGAUGGGCAAAUUAAAAUUUGGUCAAAAAGUGGAAUGCUCCGAUCUACUAUGGUGCAGCAAGGCACUUCAGUUUAUUCAGUAGCAUGGGGUCCAGACUCGGACAAGAUUCUUUACACCUCAGGAAAACAACUCAUUAUUAAACCUCUACAACCAAAUGCCAAAAUCCUGCAGUGGAAAGCCCAUGAUGGAAUCAUUCUGAAAGUAGAUUGGAAUACUGUGAAUGACCUAAUUCUUUCAGGUGGUGAAGACUGUAAAUACAAGGUUUGGGACAGUUAUGGCCGUUUGCUGUACAGUUCCCAAGUGCACGAUUAUCCUAUCACGUCUGUGGCUUGGGCACCAGAUGGAGAGCUAUUUGCCAUUGGUUCAUUUAACACCCUACGUCUGUGUGAUAAAACAGGGUGGUCCUAUGCACUUGAAAAGCCAGACACAGGGAGUGUGUUCAAUAUUGCUUGGUCUGCAGAUGGCACCCAGAUAGCUGGAGCUUGUGGGAAUGGCCAUGUGAUCUUUGCCCAUAUUGUAGAGCAGCGCUGGGAAUGGAAGAACUUUGAAAUCACAUUAACUAAAAGAAGAUCUAUGCAGGUGCGGAAUGUGCUAAAUGAUGCGUUAGAUGUCCUAGAAUUCCGUGACCGAGUGAUAAAGGCCUCUCUGUCUCACGGGCAUUUGGUGGUUGUAACCUCGUUACAGUGUUACGUAUACAGUACAAAGAACUGGAAUACUCCAUUGGUAUUUGACCUUAAAGAAGGUACAGUUAGUUUAAUUCUACAGGCAGAAAGGCACUUUCUGCUGGUUGACGGAGCAGGGAUUUAUUUAUAUUCGUAUGAGGGCCGCCUGAUUUCUUCUCCCAAGUUUCCAGGGAUGAGAACUGAUAUACUGAGUUCACAAACCAUCUCCCUCAGCAAUGAUACAGUUGCCAUAAGAGAUAAGGCUGAUGAUAAAGUGAUGUAUCUGAUUGAUGCACUGUCUGGAAAAUCUCUUGGUGAUGGAAAACCUCUUAUACAUAAGAUCGAGGUGAUGGAGAUUGCACUGGAUCAAUUUGGUUCACCUAAUGAAAGGAAAAUUGCCAUCAUUGAUAAAAAUAGAGAUCUUUACAUUUCUUCUGUACGUAGAUUUGGAAAGGAACAACGAAUAAUUAAAAUGAGUACUAUGGUGCACUCAAUGGCUUGGAAUGAUACAAUCAAUGUACUGUGUGGACUGCAGAACAUGCAUUUCGUAGUUUGGUACUAUCCCAACACAGUCUAUGUGGACAAGGAGCUUUUAUCCAAAACAGUUUAUGAAAAAGAUGCAAGUGAAUUUGGUAAAAGUCCACAGAUUGUGAAUUAUGUGGGAAACCAGGUGACAAUCAGAAGAGCUGAUGGCUCACUGAUAUAUACAAGUAUAUCACCCUACCCAGCCAUCUUACAUGAAUAUAUCAGUGCCUCACAGUGGGAUGAUGCUGUUAGACUCUGUCGCUUCGUUAAGGAACAAGCAAUGUGGGCGUGCCUUGCUGCCAUGGCAGUCGCAAACAAAGACUUAACAACAGCAGAAGUGGCCUAUGCAGCGAUUGGAGAGAUUGACAAAGUGCAAUACAUCAACUGUAUCAAGGACCUGCCCUCAAAGGAGUCACGAAUGGCACAUCUGUUGCUAUUUACUGGGAAUGUACAAGAUGCUGAAGGGAUUCUAAUCCAAGCAGGACUUACUUAUCAGGCCAUCCAAGUAAACAUUGACCUGUACAACUGGGAUAGAGCACUGGAGUUGGCUGUAAAACACAAGACACAUGUGGACACUGUACUGGCUUACAGGCAGAAAGUUUUGGACGUUUUCAGCAAAAAAGAAACCAAUAAGAGGUUUUUGCAGUAUGCAGAAGGAGUAGAAGUUAACUGGGAGAAAAUUCAAGCCAAAAUCGAGGUGGAGAUUGCAAAAGAGCGAGAGCGGUCAGGCAAUACUUCCAGUGUAUCAGCAUCCCGGAGCAUUGUGUCCUUACACCGAUAGUGCUAAUCUGGACAAUGGUUGUAUUAGAAGAACAUUUAAGCUCUUCAAAGUACCAUCGUUGUUUUUGUUUGAAAUAAGAAAGAAGUGCAUCUCAAAUAAAUGACUACUUUCUAAAACAACACUAUUUUAUCUUUUUCAAUAUAUUUUGAUUGUAAUUGUGAAUCAUUCCGAGAGAGCAUUUUUGCAGCAAAUAUUUAUCUUUUGUGUAAUGUUCCAGAUGUGUGCUUUUUAUUCUCUAUUAGGUUUACAGUAAAAUGAUAAAUGUAAUUUACUUCUAAGGUCUGCUUUGGACAACAAGCUCAAGAUUACAAAAUAUUACACUUCUUUUGCAACAAACUAUUCCUAGUAAUACGUCUCAUCAUAAGCUAUUAAUAAUAAAUUAAGUUUGUAAAACGUCA